AUUACCAUAGUUUUUAUGACUUUUGGUAGCUCUUAAAAGUUUGCCAAUAUUUCAUUAAAAUCUAAGGCAGUACGGCCGAAGACCUUUAAUCCAUCAAUCACCACAAAUACUAAACUCUCAAGAGAUAAUAAGUUAUACAAGAAUGGCCGAAGAAAUUGUAGCCGGGCUUGCUAAGGUACUUGUUACAAAGCUUGUUUCACUUGCAGCUGAAGAAUUGAUACAGGCUUGGAAUGUUCGUGAUGAUCUGGAGACACUCUGCGAGAAAUUAGAAUCAAUUCAUGAUCUCUUGUCUGAUGCUGCUGGCAAGAAGUUAUCCAUGACUACUGUCCAAAAGUGGUUCAACAAACUUCAAGUUGUUGCUCGUAGAGCCGAUGCUUUGAUGAAUGAACUUGAAUAUGAAGUUACUCGAAGGAAAGUAGAGGAUCGUCGUAAGGUACUGGACUUCUUCCUCCCUUCCAGAAACCCUGUACUGGAUCGUUUUAAGGUCGCUCAUAAGAUCAAGUCCGUUGAUAAUUCCUUUGAUAAAAUUUUUAAAUGGGGUAGAGAUCUGGGACUUCAGCCUAUUGCUAGUCUAAAUUCAGCUGUGCAGACGACAGAAAUCCGUGUUACCCCUCCUUUUGAAGACGAAUCACUAAUAGUUGGAAGAGAUAAUGAUUUAUCAUGUUUAGUCCAGGAGCUGUGCAGGACUCAUGAAAGUGAUUUACCGGUCAUUGGCAUUGUAGGAAUGGGAGGUCAAGGGAAGACAACUCUUGCGCGUAUGGUUUUUAAUAAAGAUGAGGUGAUCAAUAUGUUCCCAAAUAGGAUGUGGGUCACUGUUUCGGAUGAUUUUGAUUUCAUCAGUAUUUUAAAUCAAAUUGUGGAAUCGCUUACUUCAACCAACUUGGGGUUACAAAAUACACAUGGAAUCAUCAAUAAGCUUCAGAAGAAUCUGAAGGGGGAAAGGUUUUUACUUGUACUGGAUGAUGUUUGGAAUGAGAGACCAGAAAAUUGGGAUAACUUGGUGAAUUCUUUGAUUGGAGUUGGUGGUGCGAUAGGAAGCAGUAUUUUAGUUACCACUCGUAACCAGAAAGUCAUUGACACCAUGCGAUGUUCUGCUUCAUAUCAGUUGGAGAAACUAUCAGACGAAGAUAGUUGGAAAUUGUUCAAGAGAAGAGCAUUUUCAUAUGGAGGAGUUUUAGAGACUGAGGCACUUACGGCCUUAGGGACAAGAAUGGUGAACAUGUGUGGCGGCCUGCCUUUGGCAAUAAAAACACUGGGGGGUUUAUUGUACUCAAAGAAGUCGGAGAAAGAGUGGUUGCAGAUCCAAAACAGUGAAAUAUGGAAAUCAAAAGGUGUAUUGUCUUCCUUGAGGCUGUCAUAUGAUAAUUUGCCUUAUUUAUCUUUGAAACAAUGUUUUGCAUAUUGCUCUAUUAUUCCAAAGGAUUCCUAUAUUCAUAAAGAUGAAUUGGUCCAAAUAUGGAUGUCAUUAGGGUUCCUUUCGCCUCCUAAAGGAAGUAAGGAGCUGAUGGAAGAUAUUGGAAAUGAGUACUUCAACAUUUUGUUGUGGAAUUCUUUGUUACAAGACGUACAUAGGGAUGAAUUUGGAGAUAUUGAUGGUUGCAAAAUGCAUGAUUUAGUACAUGAUCUUGCACUAGAUCUAUCUAAAGACUACUCUGUAACUUUGAAGGCAGAUCAUGAGCCAAACCAUAUUUUUGCUCUACAUUUGAGACUUAAUAAAGGGGUCUCAAAUGUAAAAUCAAGUAUCCUUAAGAGAAACUUUGAGAGCGUACAAGUGCUAUAUGCAGGGGCUCAUAUCCUUGGUGACGUGUUACCUUACCUUAGUCGGUGCUUAACAGUUUUGGUUUUGAAAUCUAAUAAAGUCACCGCAUAUGAGAUGCCAAGUUCUUUAACCAGUUUGAAAUAUCUUAAAUAUUUGGAUGUCUCAUGUUUUGGUGGGAGCUAUAGAUUGCCGAAUGAAAUCACAAGGCUCUACAACUUGCAGACAUUGAGAGUUUGGAAUCUGGAAGAGUUGCCCAAAAUGUUUUGCAACUUAAUUAACUUGAGACAUAUUGUUAUUGAGAAUAUACAUGCUAAGACAAGAUGCAUCUUUAGUGGGAUAGACAAGUUGACUUGUCUGCAAUCCCUGCCUCAUUUUGUUGUGAGUAGAGUUCAAAAUUGUCUCAUUGAACAACUUGGAGGGCUGAAUGAUCUUAGGGGUAAACUUGAUCUCUAUGGUCUUGGUAACGUGACAAAUGUAGAAGCAAGGAAGGCAAACCUUUGUGAAAAGACUAAUAUACAUCAUUUACUGUUGGAUUGGAGUACUGAUGAAGAUGAAAUGGAAAGAAGAGAAUUCAACGAUGAGGAUGUGAUGGAGGGAUUGGAACCUGAUGCAAACCUGAAAGAAUUGACAAUUGUGAAGUUUGAAGGGAAGAACUUUGCAUCAUGGAUGACAAUGAUGACGAAUUUGGUGAAAAUCACAAUAAAAUAUUGCAGAAGAUGUGAAGUACUUCCACCACUGGGUCACCUUCUUAAACUGAGGGAGAUUAAGAUAUCUCAUAUGGAGAAUUUCAAGGUUAUUAGAAGCUUUUCCGGUGAAGGUCUAGUGAGUGGUUGUAUUGAGUUGAGUGACAGCAGCACAGCAAAAUCAGUUACAACAAUGUAUCCAUCAUUGAUAAAACUCACCUUAAAGGAUUUGCCAAGGCUAAAAGAAGUGCUAGAAUCAGUGAUGACUUUAGGCAGUGAAGAAAGUGCUCUGAAGAUAUUUCCUAAACUGGAGGAGUUAAAAAUCGUGCAUUCUUCACAAUUGAAAGAGAUCCCCAGUCACUGUUUUCUGUCAUUGAGAAAGUUAGAAAUGGCACAUUUGGAAAGCAGCAUGAUACAAGACAUGGACUCUGUAAUUGAAAAGCUCUUGAAAAACAAUUCCAUCUCUCUAAAAUCUUUGAGCUUGCGUAGGUGCAAGGGCUUGACAUGUCUAAAUCUUGGUGCUGGUAUCGACGAGUUAAAAGUGUAUGACUGCCUUGAUCUCAUUAGUAUUAGUGUAGAUGAUGAGUCAAGUGGUCUGAAAACUCUUAAGAUAGGGGAAUGCCCUGGUCUUUCUCAGUGGGAAUUUGUCCACACCAUGAAGUCCACACUUGUAACGUUGACAUUACAUCCCUUCAACGCGCGAGAAUAUGAAUUUCCAUGGGCCUUUUCUCCUUUUAUUUCAUUUCCCAACCUUAAGUUGCUACAACUGGAAGGGUGGGAAAAGAUCAAGUCAAUACUGCCUGCAGAAAAACUUGAUGAUUUUUGCUCCACUUUCCCUGCCUUGACGGAACUGGAUAUCAUUGAUUUUAAAGAAUGCAAAGCUCUCCCUGAUUCACUAGCAAAGAUCCCAUCUCUUCAGGGAAUAUAUAUCUGGGGUUGUGGGAAGUUGGAGAUUUUGCCCUUGUUUGAAGAAUCCCAUGGCCUGCAAUGGCUGACGAUAAGAAAGUGUCCAAUUAUUACCGAGAGAUGUAAGAAGGGGAGCGGGCCAGAAUGGUUCAAGAUUCAGCACAUUCCGGAAGUAAAAAUUGACCGAAUUUGGUAUAAUAUAGAUGCAUAAACUAGAAUUCUCUCCCAAAAUAUUUUAUAUGGGCUUAGAUGGUGCAUUCGGAAGUGCAACCCUAAGGACAAACCAUCUUUAGCCACCAGCAAGACUCUGGAAUGGUUACUCAAUAUUUUGGCUGGCAUAAUCCACUGCACUUGUGACUCCAGUUUAAACCCUCACCGAAGAGGAACUGAGCUUGUGACUCCGACAUUCAAACAAGGCAUAAUCCAGUGCACCACAGUUUUCUUCUUAAAGCGAUAUUAUGAAUUAGCUUUUAUAAGGGAAGGUACUGAUAAGUUCAAAGCCAACUUACUGUACUGAGUUGCACAGAACUAUUUUUAGCAUGUUGAACUAUUUUAGUGUAAUAUGCAAGUUGAUCCAUAAAAGCCUCAGCUACAUGAGCCACAGCUUCGAGUCUGAUUCCAGCCUUUCGCGCAGAGUGAUGAGAUGAUCCUGAAGAUUCCAAGCCUGAAUAACUUCCUCUGUUGCAAGCAUACAAAUAACA